CUGUUAACUUCAAUUUGAACAAAGGCUCAAUAAACUCAGACUCAUUUUUCUGUUGUGUCGAUCUAAUUCGCAGGAUAAGAAAAUUCGCCCAAUCAACUUCAAGACUUCAACCUUUGAUUUGAUUUAGUCACUCCCACCAAGCAAUGGCUAUGUUUGCUUCUGCUUCUUCCCGAGUGAAAUAUGAUGUUUUCAUCAGCUUUCGAGGUUCAGACAUCAGAUUUGGUUUUCUCAGCCAUUUGACAACGGCAUUGCGUGGAAAGCAGAUAGAUGUCUAUGUGGAUGACAGGCUUGAGAGAGGGGAUGAAAUAUCAUUGGCACUUAAGGAAGCCAUAGAAGGAUCAAUGAUUGCAUUGGUCAUAUUCUCAAAAGAUUAUGCUUCUUCAAAGUGGUGCUUGCAAGAGCUUGUCAAAAUCAUGGAAUGUAAGGAAGUAAGUGGACAAAUUGUGUUACCAGUUUUCUAUUGUGUAGAUCCUUCAGAUGUCAGGCGUCAAAAACGAACUUAUGCAGAUGCAUUUGCACAUCUUGAACUGAAGUUCAAGGAUAACUCAAACGAGUUGAAAAAUUGGAGAUCUGUCUUGAAGAAAACCGCAGACUUAUCUGGUUAUCAUUCAUCAAAUUUUCAAAACGAAGCACAGCUCAUUGAUGCAAUAGUCCAAGAUGUCCUAAAAAAACUGGAAGAUAACAACCCGGUUGUACCACAAUAUCAUCUAGUUGGAUUUGAUCAAAAUCUCGCCAUUGUUGAAUCAUUAAUGAAAAUUACGUCACAAGAAGUUCGAGUUCUUGGUAUUUGGGGUAUUGGUGGGAUAGGCAAAACAACCCUGGCUCGAGCUACAUUUGACAAAUUCUCUUCUCAAUUUGAAAGCUGUUGCUUCAUAGAAAAUGUGAGAGAGGAAUCAACAAAGAGCAAUGGUUUGUGUCAUUUGCGUCAAACGCUUCUUUCUAAGCUAUUAGACCAAGAUGAAGAUGUCCGCAUAGAUAUGAAUGGUGCAAGGAGAAGGCUGUCAUGGAAAAAGGUCUUGAUUGUGCUUGACGAUGUGUCCGAUUCAAAGCAAUUAAAAGUUUUAGCUGGACAACAACUUUACUUGGGGCCUGGCAGUAGAGUAAUUGUAACAAGUAGAGACAAGCAUGUUUUUAGGAGUGGAGGGGUUCGUGACGAAUAUAUACAUGAAGUCAAAGAGUUGAAUUUUGAAGAAUCACUAAAACUUUUUUGUGUACAUGCCUUCAAUCAAACUCAUCCCAAUAUUGAAUAUGAAGAGCUAUCAAAAAUGACAGUUGCCUAUGCUAAAGGCAUUCCUCUAGCUUUAGGAGUUUUGGGUUCCCAUUUUCAUUCGAGAAAUAAAAGAUAUUGGGGAAGUGAGCUUGACAAAAUCAAAACUUAUCCCCAUACAGGAAUACAAAGUAUAUUGAAGGUUAGUUAUGAUGGAUUAGAUGUCAUGGAUAGGGAAAUAUUUUUAGACAUUGCAUUUUUUUUCAUUGGAGAAGGCAAAAAUCAGGUUACUCGAGCACUAGAGGCUUGUGGUUUCAGAGCAAUUAGUGGAAUUGAGAAUCUCAUAGAUAAAGCUCUCAUAAAAACAAAUCAUGAUGGGAAAAUUGUAGUGCAUGAUUUGUUUCAAGAAAUGGGUAAGCAAAUAGUUCGUGAGGAAUAUCCAAAACAUCCUGAAUUACGUAGCCGAUUAAAUGAUGCGGAUGAAAUUUGUGAGGUAUUGCAAAGGAACAGGGGAACUGAUAAAAUUGAAGGCAUCAUAUUGGAUUGGAAUAGAAUAAAUCAUUUACAAUUGAGCCCCAAUACCUUCACAAAGAUGACAAAUUUAAGAAUUCUCAAAAUUUGUCAUCGUUGGUAUUCAUUCAAAGAGAAAAAUAAUUCAGAGCUUCCUUUUGAUCUUGGCUCUUUUCCUAAUAAAUUAAGGUGUUUUCAUUGGGAUCUAUAUCCAUUGGAGUUUUUGCCAUUAGAAGGCUAUUGUUUCGAGAACCUUGUUAUGCUAUGCAUGCAACAUAGCAAUAUUAAAAAGCUUUGGGAUGGACUGCAGGAUCUUGUGAAUUUAAAGAUGUUAGAUUUGAGGAGGUCCAGACAGUUGAUGGAGUUGCCUGAUUUCUCUAGGGCACAUAAUCUUGAAGAAGUAUAUCUGUCGGGAUGUGAAAGUUUAUGUAGUGUUCAUCCAUCUAUUUUUUGUCUUCAAUCUCUUGUUACAUUGGAUGUAUCUCAUUGCAAGAAAAUAGAGAGUCUUGAUCAUGGCUCUUUUCCUAAUAAAUUAAGGUAUUUUUCUUGGGAACAAUAUCCACUGGAGUCUUUGCCAUUGGGCUUUUGUGCUAAGAACCUUGUCGAACUUUGUAUCAUGGAUAGCAAUAUUAAAAAGCUUUGGGAUGGAGUGCAGGAUCUUGUGAAUCUAAAGACAUUAUGUUUGGAUCGGUGUAAACAAUUGGUGGAGCUGCCUAAUUUCUCUAUGGCACGUAAUCUUGAAGGAGUCUAUCUCGGGGGUUGUGAAAGUCUACAUAGUGUUCAUCCAUCUAUUUUAUCUCUCCAAUCUCUUGUUGAAUUGGAUGUCUCUAAUUGCAGGGAAUUAGAGAGCCUUGAAAGUGAGACUCAUUUAGAAUCUCUCUCUGACCUUCAUGUUCAUGAUUGUCAAAGCCUCAAGAAAUUCUCUUUAUCAUCAAAGAAAUUGGGAAGUUUGUGUAUCGAUGGGACUGGAGUUGAAAUAUUGCAUUUUCUACCAAUGGGAGGUUUCACGGAACUCAGAGAUCUUGAGAUUUUUAGUGAAAGAUUAAGGAGCCUUCCGAUAAGUGAGCUAUGUGGCUUGACAAAUCUUGAGGCAUUUGAAAUUUGGGAUUUCCAGCAGGUGAUUCACACAACAGAGCUGCGCUCUCUUUUUGAUGCUUGGCGUAAUUUAAAAAUACUAAGUUUGGAAAGACGCAAUUACUUGCUGGAAAUCCCUGACAAUAUCAAGGCCUUAACAAGCUUGAAACACAUUUCCUUGAGAGACUGUGAGAUGCUUAAGUCUAUACUUGGACUUCCUCCCUUCCUUGAAGAUUUAGAUGCUGAAGGAUGCACUUCAUUGGAGAUCGUAUUUUCUGACUCUCUAGUUCAAAAUCCAUGUCGAUUUGAUUUCCAGGAGUGUAUAAAGUUGGAUGAGUGUUCUCUUCUCUUCAUUGAGAAACUAACUCAUUUCUCUUUCACUUCAGCCAAGGCUAAGUGGCUUCCUAAUGUUGGGGCUUGUUACGCGGGAAGCAGAGUUCCAAAAUGGAUGGAAUAUAAACAUCAGACAGAGACUUCCAAUGCUAUCGAAUUCAUUUGCAAUCUCGAACGAUCACCCACCAUCUUGGGUUGCUGCGUUGUUCCUCCUCAUCUCUGCUUACCUUCCGUGCAAAGUGUCUACUGUGAUUUCUCUUAUGAUGAUAGCAACAAGUCCUGCAAUUCAUUUCCUUUAUAUUCGGGGUGUAAAAUGGAGCCGUCUCAUGUUUACAUAUGGAACCUGGAAGUGGGAAGGGAAUUGAGAAGGGCUUCGUUUGGCACUGGAACAGGUAAUGUUGCCAAGAUUUCAUGAGAAUUCUAUGCGGAAUAUUGCAAUGAUGUUUAUCCAAAUAAUAGAGAGGUAGCGAAAGUUCCAAUGAAAGCAUGUGGAGUGCACGUGACAUAUAACUCACAGUCGGACUCGGAUGAAGAACGACUCCCUCCAACAAAUCUCAUGAUGACUUCACUUGUCACCCCUUGCAACUGAAAUUUAUUCGCAAGAGCAAACGAAAGCAUCACCACCCACACAUACAGUUUCUUUGAUAUGUCUUUGCAGUUGCUUCUUGUCCCAAGAGCAGGUCCAAAAUGCAAUGGUGAACAGUCUUUUUGCUAAUGGUCGUUGAGGUGUCUUUGACAUGUGAAUCAUAUGUAACAAGAUUAAUAUUUUUGUGACACUUUCAUAUUUAAUUUUCUUAUAGCAGAAACAUCAUUAUCUCA